GAGCUGGUUGCCGCCUCAGUUCCCGCGACCCCAACGUCCCUGGGCGGAGUCGGUGGAGGCGUUCUUUGCAGCUGGCCUCUGUUCAAGUUCAGCUAACAGACCCGGACUCGGCGGAGGUUGCAGGGAGUCGAACUUCAUGCUUCGGCUUUCACUGAAAAGCCGCUGCAGGGACCGGCAAAGGACGGUGGGCAACGUUCAGGACCCUGUGUUGACUUCAGCAGUUCAGGAGCCUGGGCCGAUGACGUGAAGGGGAACUAGUGGGAGAAAUAAGCGGACCACGAAUUCCUGGGGAAUCAUUGUCGCGUAGGAUACUGAGCAUUUGAAAUUGAAUAAAUCAUUCACCAGCUAUGAUGGAGCCUUCAUAUCCUCUUGGAGGGUCCCAGAUGAAUACCAGGUUUUCUUCAAGCAGGAUGGUACCUUUUUACUUCCCUCCAUCAAAAUGCGCGCUUUGGAACCCAACGCCAAUUGGAGAUUUCAUCUAUUUACAUCUUAAUUACUACAGAAAUCCAAAGCUUGUGGUAACUGAAAAGACCAUCCAACUUGCUUGUCGACAUGCUAAGCAGAAUAAAAAGAACUUGCCAUGUUUUUUACUUGGUUCUCUCACAGUAAAUGAAGAUGAAGAAGGUGUGAUAUUAACAGUAGAUCGCUUUGAUCCUGGUCGAGAAGUACCUGGAUGCUCUGAAAGAACCCCUACUGCUUCCCUUCCUGGGGACUUUGUGAUUCCAUGCAAAGUUCAUACUAAUGGACUUUGUUCAAGAGAAAUAAUAGUUCACAAUGCAGAUGACUUUGGUUCAGCUUUUAAGGCUCUGCAGCACCAUGUAUGUAGCAAAGAUUCCUUGGAUUGCGGUAAACUGCUUUUCCUACGAGCUCAUAUCACUUCCAGGGAGAAUUUGGACAUUGUGGAUUUUGACUUACAUUGGGCAGCAGUCACUAUAGCAAAUACCUUUCAAUGUGCACCGGUGAAGCCCAUCCCCAUUAUUCCAACAGCUCUGGCAAGAAACUUGAGCAGUAAUCUGAACAUUUCUCAAGUUCAAGGUACCUAUAAAUAUGGAUAUCUUACCAUGGAUGAAACACGCAAAUUGUUACUUUUGCUGGAAUCUGAUCCCAAGAUUUAUUCUCUACCAUUAGUGGGAAUAUGGCUCUCAGGCAUUAUACACAUCUAUAGUCCUCAGGUAUGGGCUUGCUGUUUGCGAUACAUGUUCAGCUCUUCUAUUCAAGAAAGGGUUUUUUCAGAAUCUGGACAUUUCAUUAUAGUUCUAUAUUCUGUGACACAUAAGAAUCCUGAGUUUUAUGAAUGCCUACCUUGCGAUGGCAGGUUACCUGACCUUCGGUUCCAGCUAUUAACCAGCAGGGAAACAUUACAUUUUUUCAAAAAUGUUGAACCUUCUGACAAGAAUCCAAUACAUUUUGAACUGAGUGCUGAAAGCCAAAAUGCAGAAACAGAGUUUUUCAACAAAAUUUCUAAGAAUCUUUCAAUUAAGAGGUCUUCCCAAAAGUUAUCUCCAGGGAAAAUGCCAGUAAAUGAUCAUGACUCUGGUGUUGAAGAUGAAGAUUUUUCUCCAAGACCAAUUCCCAGUCCGCAUCCAGUGAGUCAGAAGGUUUCUAAGAUCCAACCAUCAGUUCCAGAACUUUCACUUGUGUUGGAUAGCAAUUGCAUAGACUCAAACCCUCUGCCUAACCCUUUGGAAAUGGUGAAUAAUGAGAAUCCUUCUCUGUUGAUUAACCACUCUGAACACUUGGAGCCACUGCAGCCCCAGCUUUACAAUGAGAGACACAGCCCAGACACUGAAGCUGGAGAGCCCUCCUUGAAAGGGCUUCCAAAUCAGCUAAACCAGGACACUACUCCUUUGAGACACUGCAGAGUAAGACAGCCAUCUACCCGUAAGAAUGAGAACCCCCAUAUAAGAAACAGUGUUAAACCAUCUUCUCUUAAUGGGCCAUCUCCUGACGCAUCUGAAAAGCUUCAAACAAUGUCUUCUGGAAAUGUACACAAAGAGGAGUAUCCUAUAAGAUCUUCCACAUUUCAUUCCAGGCAUUCUUCUCUUGCCCCGCGGUCCCACUCACACAAUUUUAUUUUUUCACCUCAUAAUCUAGGAAAACCAAUGGAAUUUCAGGUAGCUACUCCCCCAUCACCAUCUUACUAUUCCACAAAUGUUUGCAGUUGUUGUCAGCAUCAUGGCCAUAUUCAGUAUAGUCCAAUAAAUUCUUGGCAAGGAAUGAAUACAGUAGGAUCCGUUCAAGACCUCCAGUCUGAAGCCCUUCAGAAACAUUCAUUAUUUCACCCAAGCGGAUGUCCAGCUCUGUACCAUAAUGCAUUCUGUUCGUGCAGCAGUCCUAUAGCCAUGAGACCUCAGGGAAGCAUGGGGGGUGGUCCUCCCCACAGCGGUGUAGAGCCGUCGCCUGUGGCAAGACUACCUUCACAUGUGGACUCCUGCAAUCCAUGGCCUUGUGCAGCAUGCGUGCAUACACCCAAGACUGGGCCAGAUGAUGGAAUGAUGGGACUGUCUCCGGAUGCAUAUAGGUUCCUCACAGAACAGGACAGACAGCUGAGACUGCUUCAGGCACAGAUUCAGCGUUUAUUAGAAGCACAGUCUCUUCAGCCCUGUUCCCCAAAGACAACCACCCCUCAAGACACAGGGCAGACUGGAAGACCAGUGGAAUUGGUUUCCAUGGAAGCACAGUCGUCCCCUGGUUUACACAUGAGAAAAAGUGUAAGCAUUGCCGUGAGCACAGGUGCUAGCUUGUUUUGGAAUGCAACAGGUGAUCAUCAGAAGCCUGACUCUCAGUUGAAGCAAGAUGAUACUAAGAUUUCCAGUGAGGACAUGAAUUUUUCUGUUGUUAUUAAUAAUGAAGUCACUAGUCCUCCAAGUAGUGCAUCUUCAUUAAAAGCAGUUGAUAUUCCGAGUUUUGAAGAGAGCAACAUUGCUGUGGAAGAAGAAUUUAAUCAGCCACUUUCUGUAUCCAACAGCUCUUCCCCAGUUGUCAGAAAAGAACCUGAUGUGCCUGUGGUCUUUCCCAAUUCCCUGGUGGCAGAGCGCGCAAGCAUGUGCUUACAGAGUGGACCAACAGAGGGUGCUAGUAACAACUCUGAAACUUCAGGGGAACCAAAAAUUGAGCAAGUAAUGCAACCCUUGCCUCAUCAAAAUACAGAUAACCAGAAAAUAUACCAGGAUUUAUUGGGUCAAGUGAACCACCUAUUAAGUAACUCCUCCAAAGAAACUGAGCAGCCAUCUACCAAAGCAGUAAUUAUUAGCCAUGAAUGCACCAGAACCCCAAAAGUUUACCAUGCAAAGAAAAAAAACCAUGAUUCAGGCCUGGUGGACAAAGAUUGUGUUCUUAAUGCAACCCUUAAGCAACUAAGAAACCUUGGUGUAAAAAUUGAUUCUCCCACUAAAGUGAAGAAAAAUGCACAUAAAGUGGAUCACGCCAGUGUGUUGGCGUGUAUCAGCCCUGAAGCAGUGAUCUCUGGAUUAAACUACAUGUCAUUUGCUAAUGUUGGCAUGAGUGGCUUAAGCCCUAACAGUGUGGAUUUGAGCAUGGAGGCAAAUGCUAUAGCUCUGAAAUAUUUAAAUGAAAAUCAGCUGUCACAACUGUCUUUCACUCGAUCAAACCAAAAUAACGGUGACUCAUCCUUUAGCCUUCUACAUAUUAAUACAGACAGGAACACAGUGGGGCUUAGUUUAAUUUCACCAAACAACAUGUCAUUUGCAACCAAAAAAUAUUUGAAGAGAUAUGGACUCAUACAAAGCAGUGAAAGUAGUGAAGAUGAAGAGGAGCCUCCAAAGAACACAGAAAACAAGAGUGAACAGUUAUUGAAUCAAAACCUCACAUCCGUACCUGAGCAACUUGAUUGUCAGAAGGAGCCUUCUAGGAAUGCCUGUGAAAUAAUUAAUUGUAAUAACUGUGAAUCCUUGGGUACCCCCACAGAUAUGUCAGUACUGAGAAAUAUUACAAAUGCAGUUGGUCAGCCAAAAGCAGCACAGCGGUUCAAUGAAAACCCAGCUUGCUUAUUAAAGAACAUUAAAUCAAGUCCUGCAGUGAACCUCCGAACUGGAAAAGCAGAGUUUACCCAACAUCCUGACAAAGAAAAUGAAAGGGACACUCCAUUUUUUCCUGAAAGUUUGAAACCUUCUGAAACUUUAAAGCAAAUGAAUAGUAUGAAUUCUGUAGGCACCUUUUUAGAUGUAAAGCGUCUCAGACAGUUGCCCAAAUUAUUUUAAACCUUUAACUUGUUGCCCUCCUGAUAUGAGGACAGGGUAUCUUCUGAAGACACUUAGAGAAGCCAGAGCCUUUUGGUAGUUUGAGGAUUCCUAAUUAUUCUAGGGCUCACCCUGUUUUUUGGUAACAGCUGAUUUCAAAAAGCUGAGCAAGUGACCUGAUUGUCUAUAAGAUGGCUGGCUAGUAGUAUGGCUAAGUUCUCUUUGUUAGAGAGCUUUCAGUGUCACUGAAACCUUUUUAAAAAACAAACCCUGAGAAUAGUUGUUUCAACAAAUUUAGGUAAACACACUAUCCAACCCUGGAUCUGAGCUGCGCUUUAUACUGUACAUUUUGAAAAGUAUUUUCCUAGCAUGUUUCAUCUCUGCAUCUAGCCAGUAUCACCUAAAAGAGCAUAAAGUCAUCAUGACCUUGACUAAAUUAGCUAAAUCAACCCUUAAUUUAAGGGAGAAGUUUUGUUUUUAAAAAAUAAUUUAAGAUCUUUUUAUUCAAGGAGUGUAUAUGUCCUCUUAAGAUCUAUAUUUGUUAAAUCCUGUGGAAGUAAAACUUUUGCUAUAUAGUGAAUUGAAGUAAUGUAACAUGUUCAACAUAUAGCACAAUCAUAGAAUAAGAAAAUUACUGGGUAUGAGUGUUUUAUAAACUUUGUCUUUCAAAUGCUUUAAUUUUUUGAUAGAACUAAAAUAUCUAUUAAAUUUAAUAAAAAUGUCUAGAUUGACUGUU